AUAUAUGGCUUUAGUAGACAUGCAUAUCCGAUACAAUAAACCUAUACUUCUGAUGGGACCUACCGGAACAGGGAAAAGUUUCUACAUCCAAGACUUAUUGAUGAAUCAACUGGAUCAAGAGAAAUACGAGCCAGCUUUCAUCACUUUCACUGUUCAAAUCUCAGCAAACCAGACUCAAGAUCUUGUCAUUUCGAAGUUGAAUAAGAGGAAACGGAAUCAUUAUGGGCCCCCUAAAGGAAAAACUACUAUUUUGUUCAUAGACGACGUGAACAUGCCACUGAAGGAACAGUAUGGAGCGCAGCCUCCAAUUGAGCUUCUGAGACAGUAUUUUGAUCACAAGAAUUGGUAUGACUUGAAAACGACCGCAGCCAUUUAUUUACACGAUGUCCUAUUCUUGGGAGCGAUGGGGUUAGUUGGCGGUAGCAGACAAGAAAUCUACCCACGCUUCUUAAGGCACUUCAGCAUUUUCUCCAUUAACGAGUUCUCAGAAGAGAGCAUGGCAAAAAUAUUCACCAACAUCUUACUACUUGGCUGGAAAAACAACGGAUUCCCUUCAGAAAUAGUGAUGGUCGUGAACCAGACAGUGAAUGCAAGUCUGGAAAUGUACAAGGCGGCCAUGGAAAAUCUGCGCCCAACGCCGUCAAAAAGUCACUACGUUUUCAAUCUGCGAGACUUCUCCAGGCUCAUACAGGGAUGUGCUAUGCUGAAGAAAGAGUCUGCCGAAAAUAAGAAGAUAUUUUCAAGAAUUUGGGUGCACGAGGUGUUGAGAGUUUUUUACGACAGGCUAGUAGAAGAGAAGGACCAAGAUUGGGUUUAUGAUAGACUGAGGAUAUUGGUUCGGGACUACUUUAGAGAGAAUUUUGAGCAAGCGUUGGAUAAUUUGCCGAGAAAUGAUGCAGGUGUAGUCACGAAGAGUAACUUGAAGAACUUGAUGUUCGGAACUUAUUUUGAUCAAGAUUCUGAUGAAGAUAAACGAUAUGAAGAAGUCUUGAAUAUUCAAACUUUACGAGAAUUAGCGGAGAGCUGUCUCACGGAAUAUAAUGCAACACACAAAACGAAAAUGGACAUUGUUCUUUUCGACUAUGCCCUUGAACAUUUGUCAAAAAUUUGCAGAGUUAUGUCCAUGAAUUGUGGCAGCGCCUUAUUGGUUGGCAUCAGCGGUUCUGGAAGACAAUCUUUAACAAGACUUGCAAGCGAAAUUUACGGAUAUACACUAUUUCAACCAGAAAUAACUAACAACUACUCAUUGAAUGAAUGGAGAGACGAUAUCAAGAAGAUAUUGAAAGAAGCCGGGGGGCGUGGCAAACACAGCACCUUUCUCAUUACAGAAGGCCAAAUCAAAGAAGAAGUUUUCUUACAAGACGUCGAUUGCCUCCUCAAUUCAGGAGAAGUUCCUAACAUUUAUCAAAUCGAUGAGAAACAGGAAAUAUUGGAUAUGGUGAGGCUGGCAGCACAAGGAGGAAAUAGGAAUCUUGAAAUCAGCGCUCUGGAAGUUUUCUUCUUUUUUACAAGACGAUGUAGAGAAAAGUUACACAUUUUCCUAUGCUUCAGUCCAGUCGGUUCUACUUUCAGGAAUAGGUUAAGGUUAUACCCGUCUUUAAUAAAUUGUUGUACUAUCGAUUGGUUUCAAGACUGGCCAGAGGAAGCUUUGGAGGAAGUCGCUCAUUGUUGGAUGCAAGACAUCAAUCUAUCGGAUGAAAUUAAAAAUUUUUCGGUAAUAGCGUGCAAAUAUUUCCAUGUGGAAGCUAGAAAAGCAUCAGUAGAGUUUUGUAAUGUUUCUGGAAGGCGUACAUACAUCACCUCAGCUUCCUAUUUGGAACUCAUUAGAUCUUUUACGGAUUUAACCAAUAAAAAACAAAAUGAAAUAAUGGCAGCGAAGAAGCGAUACUUAGGAGGUUUGGAAAAACUUUAUCAUGCGUCUGUCAGUAUCGGUAAGUACAACGUUCCUGGGGAAAUGCAAAAAUCCUUGGCGGAGCUCCAACCGCAGCUGACCGAAAUGAGCUUAAAAGCUACUCAAAUGACUAAGCAGAUCGAACAAGAAAGCAUAACGGUUGAGAAGGCCUCAAUUGCAGUUAAACAAGAUGAGAAAGUAGCCAAUAAACAAGCUGCGGCUGCCCAGGCUUUGAAACAAGAAUGUGAAGCGGAUCUUGCCGUGGCUAUGCCUAUUCUGGAAGACGCUAUCUCAGCGUUGGAUACCUUAAAACCUGCUGAUAUCACUCUUGUAAAAUCUAUGAAAAAUCCACCGGAUGCAAUCAAGCUGGUAAUGGCGGCAGUUUGCAUAAUAAAGGGUUUGAAACCUGAUCGAAUUCCUGAUCCAUCUACGGGAAGGAUGAAUUUGGAUUAUUGGCCUCCAAGUAAAAGACUAUUGGGAGAAAUGAACUUUCUUCAGGCUUUGAAAGAGUUUGAUAAGGACAACAUCAAGCCUGACAUCAUGGCGAAACUGCGAAAAGAAUACAUCCCUCAUAAAGACUUCAAACCAUCCAUUGUUGCUAAAGCGUCCAGUGCAGCUGAGGGUUUAUGCAAAUGGAUCAUAGCAAUGGAUAUGUACGAUAAGGUCUAUAAAGUUGUGGCUCCAAAAAAGGCAAAGCUGGCAGCUGCAGAACAGGAAUUUGCCGCGAUGAUGGCAAUGUUGACAGAGAAAAGAAAUGAAGUACAAAAAUUGGAAGCACAACUGGCAAUUCUCAACGAAAAACUCGCUGAGGCAGAAAAAAAACAGACUGAGCUUCAGGACGAAGUCAAUUUAUGCAAUAAUAAACUUAUACGAGCCAAAAAGUUGAUUGGUGGCUUGGGUGGAGAAAAAACGAGAUGGACUGCUGCUGCCGAUGCUCUCCAACUCCAAUACGAUGGUCUAGCAGGAGAUAUCCUAAUAUCCUGUGGCAUAAUUUCUUACCUUUCCCCCUUCAACAGUUUCUUCAGAAACAAAAUAGUGAUUGAUUGGCAUGACUACGUAAAAAAUUUGAAAAUUCCAACCGCGGAUCAUUACGACAUGGAAUUUGUUUUGGGAUCUGAUGUCAAAAUUCAGAAUUGGUAUAUUGAUGGCCUACCGAGAGACACAUUUUCUACAGAAAACGGAAUUAUCAUGGACAACUCUCGUAGAUGGUCCCUUUUCAUCGAUCCGCAAGCUCAAGCAGCUAAUUGGAUAAAAAAAAUGGAGAAGAAGAAUAACCUUGAGGUGGUGAAGUUUUCAUUUCCUGACUAUAUGAAAAAAAUUGAAGUGUGCAUUCAGUUUGGAUAUCCGGCUCUUAUAGAGAGUAUUGGAGAGGAACUGGAAGCUCCGCUCGAUCCCCUGCUUUACAAGAAAACUUUCAAGCAGGCUGGUAUGGAAGUCAUCAGUUUGGGAGAGAAUGUCAUAGAAUACAAUAAGAAUUUUAAAUUAUAUCUCACAUCCAAAUUACGGAAUCCGCAUUAUCUACCCGAGGUUUUCAACAGGGUAACGAUAGUUAAUUUUGCACUGACGCUAGAAGGGUUACAGGAUCAACUACUAGGAAUUGUGGUAGCUGUUGAGAAACCAGAACUUCAACAAUUGAAGGAAGAACUAAUAGUGCAAAAGGCUGAGAAUAAAGGGGCGCUCCAGCAGACUGAAGAAAAAAUAUUGAAAACGCUCUCGGAGUCGAAAGGAGACAUCCUCGAAGACGAAAGUGCGAUUCAAAUUUUAGAUGAAUCAAAAAUUUUGUCGAUUGAGAUCAUGGAAAAACAAGAAAAAUCUUUCGAAAUAGAGAAGUCUAUUGAAGAGUUCCGGGUGAAGUACCAGGGUGUAUCCGGACAUUCAGCUGUUUUGUAUUAUUGCAUAUCGGAUCUGGCUAACGUUGAUCCCAUGUACCAGUACUCUUUGGAGUGGUUUAUCAAUCUCUAUAUUGGCUCGAUUCAAAGGGCAGAAAAGUUCCGCAAUAUCGAGAGAAGAUGUUUGAGUCUUAUAAACGCUUUCACUUUCGACUUGUACAGCAACAUAACACGUUCUCUCUUUGAAAAAGAUAAAUUACUAUUUUCGUUUCUACUCUGCUCUAAAAUCAUGAUCUCCCAGGGAAAACUGGACGAGCGAGAAUUUAUGUUUCUUCUAACAGGUGGAGUGGGCGUGGAAAAUACCUUGAAGAAUCCAUGUUCGCACUGGUUACCAGAUGAAUCGUGGAAUGAAAUAUGCAGGGUGGAAGAUCUUUCAGUCUUCAAAGGUUUUUCAUCAUCGAUAAAAUCUGACGAAUCCUAUUGGAAAAAAAUAUACGACGAUUUUCAAGAUGAUUUCGUGAUGCCCAAAUAUUUUCAAGAAUCUUUGAAUACCUUCAGGCGGCUGUUAGUAAUAAGAAUGCUUAGACCAGACAAGCUUAUAACGUCUGUCACCAGUUUUGUUAGGAACGAAAUGGACGAAAGAUUCAUCAGACCUCCCCCCUUCAAUAUUAGUGUAUCUUAUGACGACUCGUAUAGUUUAUGUCCGUUGAUUUUCAUCCUAUCUCCUGGAACGGAUCCCAUGGCAGCUCUGGUAAAGUUUGCAGGAGAAAAAAAGAUGAGCGAAAGAUUCAGAUCGAUAUCUUUGGGACAAGGUCAAGGGCCAAUGGCUCAAGCUCUCAUAGAAGAGGGCCAGGAAGAAGGCCUUUGGGUGUGCCUUCAGAACUGCCAUUUAGCCACAUCUUGGAUGCCCACCUUGGAGAAAAUUUUCGAUAACCUUGAUUACGCUACAACACAUGACCAGUUCCGCUUAUGGCUCACCAGCUAUCCUUCAGGAAAGUUCCCGGUUACUCUCCUCCAGAAGGGAGUUAAAAUGACUAAUGAACCUCCAACGGGAUUGCAGAAUAAUCUUCUUAAGUCGUAUAUCAGCGAUCCUGUUAAGAAUCCUGAAUUCUACGAAGGCUGCAUGGGGCAUGAAGAGAUGUUUGCGAGGCUAUUGUACGGCUUGGCGUUUUUCCAUGCAUGCAUACAGGAGAGAAGAACUUUCGGGCCACUUGGGUGGAAUAUUCCAUAUGGUUUCAAUGACUCUGACUUCGACAUAUCAGUCCAGCAAUUACAAAUGUUCAUAAAUGAGAGCGAAGAGCCUUACGAAGCACUUUCAUACCUGAUUGGAGAAUGUAACUACGGUGGUAGGGUAACUGAUGAUUGGGAUCGUAGGCUUAUAGUUACCAUCUUGCGAGACUAUCUGAACCCAGAAGUGGUGUCUAACAAAUCCUACUCCUUCAGUGAUGCUGGAAAGUGCUACGGUCUCCCAGAAAAAAUAGAAUACACCGCAUAUAUUGCCUACAUAAAUUCCUUACCGGCCAUACAUCCUCCGGAAGUUUUUGGUUUACAUACCAACGCUGGCAUAACGAGGGACCUGCAGAAUUCAAAAUUAAUGCUUUCGUCUGUCCUCAAGGCUUACGGUGAUACUUCCGCUGGAGGUAGCGGAGAGACCGAUAAGCAACUGAUGAUGAUGUGUUCAGAUAUGUUGUCGAAGUUGCCGAAAAAAUUCGACAUGGAGGCGGCCAAUGCUAAAUACCCAGUGGAAUACUCCGAGUCUAUGAAUACCGUGCUCGUUCAGGAAAUGGAGAGGUUUAAUAAGCUAUUGAGAGUUAUGGUUGCGAGUCUUUCGAAUAUGCAGAAGGCUAUACAAGGGCUUGUUGCAAUGUCACCAGCAAUUGAAGCGUUCUCGUCCUCUCUGCUUCUCGGUAAGAUUCCUACCAGCUGGGCGGGAGUUUCAUAUCCCAGUUUGAAAAACCUCCCUAAUUACGUAUCUGAUUUUAUAAACCGAAUUCAGUUUCUACAAACGUGGUUUCUUGAUGGUAAACCCAUGACCUACUGGAUAUCCGGUUUUUUCUUCACCCAAGCAUUCUUGACGGGGGUGAAGCAGAACUUCGCUCGAAGAUAUACUAUUCCUAUAGACAAAUUGACAUUUGAUUUCGAAAUUUUGCAAACAGAUACUUCUAGUGUCAGCCCUCAAGAUGGAGCCUAUAUUUAUGGGUUAUUCACCGAUGGGGCAAGAUGGGAUCGAAAGACGAACAGGCUUGCAGAGCUUUUGCCAAAAGUGUUGUAUGAUUCGAUGCCUCUCAUAUGGCUCAUACCGAUAAAAUCAGCAGACUAUAAUCCCGGUACCCGAUACACUAGUCCAGUGUACAAAACUUCUGAAAGACGGGGAGUACUUUCUACAACUGGCCAUUCCACAAAUUACGUGCUACCAAUUCUGCUAGAUACAGAUAUUCAUCCAUCGCACUGGAUCAAAAGAAGCGUCGCCCUUCUUUGUCAGCUUAAUUGAAAAUACAUAUAUUUGGAAAUAUAUUUUAAGAAUUAGAUAGUA